CAUUGAUGAUGAUGAACCUUCCGACUUCUGUCAGUCAAUGGAAAUUGGACUGGACGUGAUAAUAAAAGGAAUAGUUCAAAUAUACUGGCUAUACGUACACAGAAAUCUUGUUUUAUCGUUAAAGUGGACUACAGAAUAUUACAACUUACUCAAAUAGUGAAAAUUUACAGUAUCAGCCCUCGAAGAUAUCAAAUCUAGGAUGCGAUGCUCCCUCGUCGUCGUAACGUUGGAGGUGUCACAGACCGCACACCGUUGAUUGGAAACGAAGACUCUUAUGACAAGCUAGACAAGAAAGGAUCCUCGUAUUCUAAACCUUAUGCAGCCUUGGGAUUUUCACUGACGCAGUCUAAGCAGACACAUUACGAUACAGCAGAACAGGACGUUGUUUUUGACUUCCUUGAGGAUUUUGUGUUUGAACCAGUGAUGGCAGCCCGAGACAGGACUAACGAGUUCGGAGCGGCCGUGCGGAGCCUGCAGGGUAGGACACUGGCGCGCCCCGUGCUGCGGGACGAGCGCAAGGCUGCAGUUCUCGAGACUUACUCUCAGUUCAUGAGUAUGGCAAAAGUUAUAAGUAAAAAUAUUACAAGUACUUAUGCUAAGCUGGAAAAAUUAGCCCUCUUGGCCAAAAAGAAAUCAUUAUUUGAUGACAGACCUACAGAGAUACAGGAAUUGACAUAUAUCAUCAAAGGUGACAUAAGUUCGCUGAAUCAACAGAUUGCUCGACUAGGGGAGAUGCCUCGAGGGAGGCGCAGUAUGCAUAGCCACUCCUCUAGUGUAGUGCUAGCUUUGCAAUCUAGGCUAGCUUCCAUGAGUAACCAGUUUAAACAGGUUCUUGAAGUACGAUCAGAAAAUUUGAAGCAUCAGAAUAAUAGACGUGAACAGUUUUCAAGAGUGGCACCGGUUGUAAAAGAAGUCCCCUCACUACUCCAGCAGGAUGAAGUAAGCAUAGACCUGGGAAUGGGGGAGCCAUCAAAUCUGCAAGCUCAACAACAACAGUUGGCAUUGAGAGAUGAUACAGAUUCAUAUGUGCAACAACGUGCCGAGACUAUGCACAACAUUGAGAGCACUAUUGUAGAAUUAGGAGGCAUUUUCCAGCAGUUAGCACAUAUGGUGAAAGAGCAAGAUGAGGCUAUUGGUAGAAUUGAUGCCAAUAUUCAAGAGGCAGAGAUGAAUGUGGAAGCUGGCCAUAGAGAAAUCAUGAAGUAUUUCCAAAGUGUGACAGGCAAUAGAGCACUCAUGUUUAAAGUUUUUGGUGUGCUCAUCUUUUUCUUUAUAUUCUUUGUUGUAGUUAUGGCUUAAAAAGAUUAUUGCCUUCGUCACAAAACAUGAGUCACAUGAAGAUGUUAAAUUAGCCUACAAUGCUUGUUCUGAGCCGAGAAAUGCUUUAAAAAAAGCUGGCAGGGAGUGAGUGUAUAUAAUGAAUACUAUACACCUCUGCCCACACCUUUGGGAUGCAGGCGUGAUGCUAUGUUAUGUGAUAAAGGCCUAACAUUCUAUCAACAUUUCCUCCUUAAAAAUAUUUGGAAUUAUAAGUUCCACUUCAAUUUGAAGUAAAAACUAAGAGGCAGAUCAUUAAAAAUCCCCAUUGCUUUCUUUUGAACCAUGUGUACACCUGUUGAUAGACUGAUAAAAUUACCUAUAACAAUUUAAAAUCAAUAAGUAUGUAUUGUGGUUUAAUGGUAUAAAUAAAAAUAUAUUAUGUUAUAAUAAAACUAUUAUAAAUG